GUGCGAAUAACCCCUAUGUGUUGAAGGCUGAUGUGGCCGUGAUUCCAAGGUGGCUAAGAGCGAUGAAUCAGCCCCUACGCUGCACGAUAGGGAGAAGGAGGCUCACAUUCCAAAGGCUGCCGGCGGAAGGGAGGCUUCCCUGGGACCUGAGCCCAGGAGAUGGCGCUAUUCGCCGGCUCGGGUUCAGAGACAGGGCCUUGGAAUGUGAGUUCAAGUUCCUGUGCCGCUGAAUCGCUCGCCCGAGUCUAAGGAGGCCGGGACGGGGCUUUUGGUUUCACUUUCGCGGUUUCCACAUAGCAGAGCGCCAACGGAGCAGAACUCCUUGCAUUCCCCUUCGUCAUGGAGCGCGCCCAGCUGCCAGGAGACCUUUCUGAUCCUGUGCCAUCACAGGUGCAUGAAGAUGAUGAAAAAGACCAUGGUGAUGUUACAGAUGCAAAGCCAGAUAGAAGAGAGCGGUCAUCAAUCUUUGGAAAAAAAAAGAAUGGACAGGAACUUCAGCCAGAAGCCUCUUCCAAGUACCGAAAUGUUAUGCCAACAUUCCAGUAUAGUAUGGACUACAAUAAAAUUGGGAAAUGCAUUAUUAUAAACAACAAGAACUUUCAAGAAAGUACACGCAUGGGUACACGAAAUGGCACUGAUAAAGAUGCUGGUGACCUGCAAAACUGUUUUCGAAAGAUAGGAUUUGAUGUUUCUGUCCAUAAUGAUCUCACCUGUGAAACUACGGAAACAAUACUCCGUGAAGUUGCCCUUGAAAACCACAGUGAUGCUGCUUGUUUUGCCUGCAUAUUAUUAAGCCAUGGAGAAGAGGGUUUAAUCUAUGGCACAGAUGGAGGUAUGCAAAUAAAGGACUUGACAAGUCUUUUCAGAGGAGACAAGUGCCAAAGCCUCAUUGGAAAACCUAAAAUGUUUUUCAUUCAGGCAUGUCGAGGUUCUGAAUUUGAUGAUGGCAUUCAGACAGAUUCAGGUUCUUCAUAUGACAAUUUGGAAAUGGAUGCCAAUCCAGGGUACAAGAUUCCUGUAGAAGCAGAUUUUUUGUAUGCAUAUUCCACCGUGCCAGGUUAUUAUUCUUGGAGGAAUCCUGGAAGAGGCUCCUGGUUUGUGCAGGCUCUAUGUGAAGUUCUGAGUAAGCAUGGCAAGCAGCUGGAGAUUCUACAGAUUCUCACCAUGGUUAACUACAAAGUAGCAACAAACUUUGAAUCACAGAGUAAUGACCCAUGCUUCAGUGCGAAGAAGCAGGUUCCUUGUGUGGUCUCCAUGCUAACCAAAGAACUUUACUUCUGAAAUCACAUUUGUGUAGACAGAUAUAAUCUGUUCCCUUUUUUUCCUCUCUGCAGUGAGAUUGGAAUAUACAGUGCAUUGCACUCUGUAGUACAGUGCUGUACUAAUCAAAAGCUUUUCGAAGCAAAAAAAAUCUCUUGAUCCAGAACUUUAACUAGAUAAUGAUUCUUCUGAAAUCUGCAGUACCAAGAUUACCUCAGUUGAUUGUCAUAAUCUUUUUCAACAUAUCACCUUGAGUGUUUAUGCAUAUAUUGGAGAGAAAUCUGUUCUUUGUUGUUUAUGUCCACAUUGAAAGAAAUGCCUCUAAUACCUCUCUUGCUUGACCAUGUCUGGAGUCAUGUGUGGGUUUUUUCCUGCUCAUGGAAAUCUCUCAUAAUUUUUCAAUAUUAACUACUUAUAAUGUGUUAGCACUGCAUCACUGAUGAGAAACCACUGUUUUCAUUUCGCAAAAGCUCUAGUAGUAUCUGCAAGGGAGAAAAGGGAGAAUGUGCAUCAUGCAGGAAUAUUGCCACGGUAUGCUGGAGUUUUCAGUGAUUAAAUGGUGGACUUGAUAUUAUUGAUGUUUUACAUCAGUGUUGGGGAUAGACCAAUCAUUCACAUCAGAGGGGAUACUCAUGGAAUACCAGUGUCUUAAGAAAUUGAAUGGCUGUGUCCUCUGAUAUCUUACUUGGUCUCAGUGUGGGUUUGGAGUCAUUAUACAUUAACUUUUGGAAAUCCCUCUUUUUGAAUUUGUUUUCCUUACCCCUGCCUUACUUCAGAAAACUGUCCUGGGAAAUACUUGAAAUGUUUAUUCUUAUCCAGUAGAGAAAAAUUGCUCAAGUCUUAUCUGGAGAUCUUGAACACUUAAGUGCAGCAUGCAGUCUUUUCAGCACAAUAACAAUUUGAUAGCAAAGAUCUGUUGUAUAAUGUACAGUUUUUAAGCAGAAAGAACAGUAAUGAAUAGGUUGCCAGUCUGAUCAAAGCACAAUUACUCCACAAAGUAGUAAGUAAAACUAUAGCAACCUAAGGAAGUCGUGAGAUUCUGUUUCCUUCUAAUGAUUGACUACUGCCAAGAAGCCAUGGUUCUUUACUUCAGAUGCCUUAAGUCUAAUACCUUUACCCAUUCUCCCUUAUUAAACACUGCGUAUUUUGUGCUUUACAUAUUCACCUGAAAGCAAAAAGAACCAUCAUUCUUGAUCUUAUACCAUACGAGCCAGUUGCUCUGGAUGUUACCUUCUAGUGACAACUGUUGGUUUCUUGUUUCUCAAUUUACAAGCAAUGUUCUAUCAUGUUGAAUUUCUAAUUAUUAUAACAAGUCUUCAGUACAUCUAACACUAUGGAUGCUAUCAUAUAUUUACCAACUUUACUUGCGUGUCAUUACUAUACAGACACUCUUUUUUGGUGUGUUAGGGACUGUGGUUAUUUGAAGCAAAUUUGACACAUAAUUGUAGCUAGUUAUGGAACUUAGUUUUAUGUUAAUCAAAACUGCCACUAACUUUCAUAGUUUCAAGCUUUAUAACAAGAAUGAAAAAAUGAUGACACUGCUGGAUUUUGUGGGGAUAGACCAAUCCUUCACAUCAGAGGGGGAUCUUCAUGGAAUACCAGUGCCUUAAGAAAUCCAUUGCACUUUGGAUUCCAUGAUGAAAUGAAUGGCUCAUGUUUUUUGGAAUGAUGCAAAAAUAUAGCAAUAGGAUCUGACAUAGUGAUGACUGCAGAUCUCACCAUGCAGUGGGAAAUAGGCUAAAUUCAGACAGUUGCUUAACAAAGACCUGCAUUUUUCUCAAGAUAGAGAGUAAACUAAAUUUUUACGCCACGACAUUAAUGUUCAUUUUUGGUACUUAAGAAUUGUUGAAUUCUUUAAACUUUGCAUGUCUAUGUAAUUAUAUGCAGACAUAUUUUUCAUUGCAUUUCAAAACAUCUUUUGCUUCCAUUGUUUAUAAAAUUUAUCAACAAGUUAGUAAUUCAAGAUACCAAGGUUAAUGAACUGUUUACAUAUGGUGGAGGUACAUAACCCUCUCCCUUUCAUUCUUCAGGGAAAAUCACAAUAUAAUUGGUGCAAUUAUAAACAAUCUGUAUAUUUAGAUGUUUUUAUGGUUAUUGUAAGGCAACAUGAAAUCUAUUUUUUUCUCCAGAAACACUAGCAAAUUCUUUGAAGAAACAGAUAAUAAAACAA